AGAUUCUUCUCUUUUUUUUCUUUCAUCAUGUCCGAGCAGACCAACAAUCCUUCCUCCAACCCUUCUACCCCUCAACAAGAGAACACUCCAGGCUCCCCCCAGCCCCAGGAGGAAGAACAGUCCGAGCAGCAGCAGCAGCAAGAACCUGACCAGCCCAAGGAAGAAGACAACAACGAAUCGGAGCAAAAGCCUGACGAGGAAAAGGAAGACGAUAAGGAUAAGGAUCAGGAUCAAUCCCAAGAACAAGAUCAAGAUCAAGAUCAACCCCAAGACCAAGACCAAGACCAAGACCAAGCCAAGGACCAAGAUAAACCCGAGGAGAAGUCUCAAGAACCCGAGAUAAAGCAAGAAGAAGACGAAGAAGAAGCCGAACCUCAACCCAAGAAAGAAGAGCCCGAAUCCGACGCUCCUCAACCCAAGCAAGAACCCCAAUCCGAAGCCGACAGCAAACCCAAGAAGGACCCGCAGCAGCGCAAACGCCGUUCGCGUCCUCCCCAGAAACUUCACAAACAAGAAGAAUCCGACACGGAAUCUAUUCCCCGCAACAACAUGGACAACGGAGCCGUUGAGAAGCCCCGCCGCCAGCGCCGUCAGCGCACCCAGCAGCAGCAGCAAGGCGGCCAGGAUGGCGGUCUGGGCGGCCUCCCCGGAGUCGGGCAGGCGGGCGAUCUCGUCCAGAACACGGCGGGUCAAGCCCUGGGCGGAGUUACGGGCGGAGCGGGCAAGACCGUCGGCGGCCUCCUCGGCGGUGGUGGCAAGCAGGACGAAGGCGAUGGCAAGGACGAACAAUUGCGACUGCGUCUGGAUCUCAACCUGGACAUCGAGGUCCAAUUGAAGGCCAAGAUCCACGGUGAUUUGACUCUGGGCUUGUUGAACUAAACAACGACACCCUUUUUUCGAUUCGAAAUCCGCCCUCCUUCGCGUUUCCCACAUUUUCCUGACUUGAGCUUUCAUUUCUUUUCUGGUUCUUCGUUCUCCUGCAGAAUGAAAAAUCGAGGGUCUCGAUAGAAAAAGUGUUAAUCCACACGGUUCCUCCCCCAACAACAACAACACACCACACCUCCUUAGCGGGCGGUGUUUCAUGCUUAUGCCUUGACGGUUUUGAUACCUCCACUUUUCUUUCGCCUUGAAAUGUAUUUCGUCGUUGUGCUUGGCUUCUAGUUUUCUUUGUUGCUACUUCAUGCUUGCAUCCUCCUAGAAGAUAUUCGUGUGUGUGGUUCCUCUCUUUCCUGUCUAAUAACUCGCUUAUCUUCAUUACUCUACUACCUCCUGUUAUGUCGAUGAAAUGAAUAUGAUGAACC